AUGGCUAUCGCUGCUUCUCGCCGAUGGAAUGUCUACCAUGGACUCGGACUCCUCGCAGUAGCAUCCGCUUCUCUCGUGCUCUGGGUCUUGGUUAAGAGGAGGCGAAAGGCUGCAGAGGACAUAGAGGACGAAGGGCGCUGGCAGCUGGUGGGCAGCAGCUGUCGAAGCCUGCUGAGCAUGGCCCGCAAGCGGGCUGAGGCAAAAUUGAAUGCAGCUCGGGAGGUGGAGUUCUUGCCGGAGCUGCGCCCCGUGGUUCUCGCCUGGGAAAGCAUCCCGCGCAAUGGCCAGGAGCGGCCGAAUGUGUGGGAUGGACCCCCUCCGCCACACCCACAGAUCGAAGUGAUUCGCGUUUCUGCGAGCGAUCCUCCCCUCCACCAUCCUUCCGCUUCUCAUGACAGGGACACAAAGAGCUCUUCAAGAUAUGAUCCUCAUGAAGGGCGUGGGCGGAGUGGGCAUGCUACCGGAUCCGAGUCGAGGGGGUCAGCACAUUGGCGCAACUCCUGGUGGGACAAAGAGGCUGAGCGAUGCAGCACCCCGCGCAAUGAUGUAAGACAUCAGCCGGCGGCUUUUCCGAAGGCAGGCGCCAGUGGAGCGUACUCAACCGAAUCGCCGUCCCGGCCACCCGCAGAAAGACCGACUGCUUCUGGAGCUUGUUCGUCGCGAAGUGUGAGCUCUCCGCCGUCCAAAGUGAGCAGGCUGGAGGAAGCCAAGCAAUUGGCGGAUCGCUUGCUUCGCAUCCAUCGCCAACGCUCGCAAUACAAAUGGAUUCAAGCCUUCGAGCUGGAGGAAGACUUUCAGGUGAAGCAUCUGGAAAGCAAAAAGAGAACCAUUGCCUUGCGCCUGCAUCCGGACAAAGUGGAUGAUGAAGUGGCAAGAUACUGCGGCGGCCAUGAGCGGGUGAAGCAGGCAUAUCACUUCAUGGACGAGGCUUACAAAGCCGCAAAACACUGGCUGGAAGAGAAAGAGCACAAUCGCCUCCCGCCGUGGGAGAGGCCACCAUGGUUUCAACGGCAAGCUCCAAAGGCACCGGCACCACCGCCGUCGUUUCCCAAGGGCCCUGCCACAAGUUGCUUCAGCAAAGGAUUCCGCUAG